AUGAGGGUCGCCAAUUCCCACCAUACCACCGAAAAAUUCCAAGAGGACGGGUCCUUUUGGGAUCUCCAGCGGUGUUGCUACAAGAAGAUCGUCCUGAGCCCGAGGCUGGAAGUAUGGGAGUGGGACGGCGACGGCUGGGAGACGACACUCUGCUGGUCCGAGAAGAAAUCGGACUGGGUAGCGACGCCCGCGGUCCGGCAUGACCACAGUUCAAACGACCGCGUCCCAUUCGCGCUCGCGGAGGACUUCCGUGCCGGGGGCCGUCGUGCCGCCCGCGCCAAGGCAUGGCUGAGCGAUACGUACAGGCGGCGCUACAACUUGCCGCCGCAGGAUGGUGCCGCUAAUGCCGCCAGUGCCUCGUUCUCGGCCGAAGCGCAAACCCGCCAAGAUGUGGAGGCCGCGAGGAAGGCCAAGGAUGUUACGUGGCGGGUUUGGCUUUUGCAAAAGAUGAAUACGCAAGAGGCUGCUGGUUUGGCCGCAGACCCGGGCGCCGUUGCUAGAAUCCCGUUCCCUGGCGAUAAUCCAGAUCUCGCUAAUGGCGAGUUCAGAGGACGCAGGCACAGGCAGGGAGUCAACCCCGAGUCGGGCCCGGACGGGGAAGGAGACGUUUUCGGAAGUAUUGGAGACGAUGAACUCAUGCUUACGGAUUUUUCGGACGAAGACCUCGGCGACGGUGCAAACAAGCAAAGGGAUGAUCUUGACCUGCAAAAUGAAUUCUUUGGAGACUCGCCCCCUGAAAUUGACUAUCGGACCGUCCUCCCGGCCGCUGACGAUCCGGAGUACCUCCGAAUCCAGCAGGAGCUUGCGGCUGCUUGGAGCCAGGCUGACCGGCGCAAGUGGACGACCAAGGCCCCCGUGGGCGUCAACACAAACGACACCGAGACCAACCACCACUUCAACGGGCAGUCGCAGCCGUCCGUGGCGGAGCGCCUGCAGCAGCUGUCCAACUUCCUGGCCGACGAGGACGUCGACCGCAGCCGGUUCUGGGACAAGAACAUCAAGGAGGCCCGCGAGUACCUCGCCGCCAUCCGGAACAUCCCCAUGUCCAAAAGGACGCUCAAGCUGCUGCGGGAGGUAGAGAACAAGCUCAAGGUGCACAAGGAUUAUGAGCAGUGGCACGCCAGACAGGCCCGCGAGCCUGAGGUGCCCACCGGAGACGAGGCGCCACCGCCGGUCGGGUCGACGGCCUCUCGCGCCAAGAUCAGCAAGGGCCCGCGCAAGGUCCUGCACCGGAUGCCUGGGGUCGUCAACACCCUGCCGUCGAGGUUCAAGAGCUCCCAGGCCCACAUCGACGCGCUGCGCGACUCCCAGACAACACUGUGGAGUACCGAAGGCGCCACAGACGAGGAGGGGAGCUUUCUGGCACGCGCCGAGCAGCAACACUACGACGGCGCCAUCUCCAGUAGCGGUUCAUGGGAUCAUAUUAGCAACGAAACCGACACUGCAGAGGCUUACGCCAUGGAGCGAGGAAGUCGGCGCGCUGUGCUGGAGAAGUGUCUGCGCGUGCUCAAAAAUGUCGAGAACAGGGCGGUGCACACCCUGCAGGAGCGGAUCGUCCUGCCCCUCACCGCCGCCGAGCUGGAAGCGGAGCGCAAGAGCGCCGCUGGCCCGUUCUUCUCGUCCGUCGGCUUGACCAGGGAGGACAUCGAGAGGAGGAUCGGCCAGGGCGGCAAGCAGUGGCACCCGCACGGGAUGCCCUACACCAAGAGGAUGAAUCGCUUCUGGAGGGAGUGGGACGCGUGGUGGGAUGAGGCGAGGAAGAAGACGGAGCUGGAUAGACACAACGCCAAGUCCGAGACCGAUUUUGAUGCGCACGUCAACGUCAAGGCUGGCUGGGCCGCGCUCCCGGAACCGAGGUCCGUCUACGCCGACGUGGUCACCCUUCAGGAGUCGUACAACAGAGCGCUGGAGGCCAUGGGCACAAGCAUCGUCAAGAUGCUCGAGCGUACGGACCUGGUGGCGCCCAGGCCGCUGAUUAAGACCUGCCUUAAGAUGUACAACCUCGCCCGCGAUGGGGAAGAGCCGCCGCCGGAGGAAAUUCAGUGGCGGGAUGUAGACCGGGAUCACGGAACCUUGAGGCCGCUCAACGUGAUCGAGCUCGGCUACCUGCGGCUGCUGAGCACCAGAUCCAUCACGCCCAAGAUGCUGUGCCGACUCGAGGACCGCGGGGCGUUGUACCUUGCAUUUGCGGAGCGGCUGCAGCGGAUCCUCGAUGACCUGUCCGAGGACAACAUCUUUGAGACGCGCGACACGGCCGUCCCGGUGGAGAGGCUGCUCGAGGAGAUGCACAAGGGCGUCGAUGGCUUGAACGAACGGACGCGCUUCUCCGUCUAUGACGCGUGCAACUGGCUCGACAGGCUACAGAAGCAGGGUCGGAUCCGGUUCAACAAGAGCAUCAAGACUUAUGGGUAUGUUCAGCGCCCACUCGCACACGUCCAUCCCGAGUAUCAGAUUGGCUACGUUCCGAGCAGGGGCGACAGCAGAUUCCAGCAGCCCACAAACAUAUCAAUUUACAAAGACUUCGACGCAGUCUUGGCCCCUCGGCCUCAGGAUAUGGUGACAUGGGAACAAGUUGUCGGCAGCCGGUCGCCUCCAUUCUGGGAAGACCACGAGGAAGUCGAGUGGGCCGAGUCUGAAAGGGCUAGGAGACAAGAGCACGAGAGAUCGUACCCUCAAGAGCCACAGCAAAAGCUCCUCCGGCCCGCCGUAACCAACUUCUUUUUGGCGCUAUCCUACAGGCUCGGCUUCACGCUCCAGAAGCUCGGGGAACGUAAAAAGCGCGGAAAGUUGACCAAGCAGGACAUGGCGCGCUCCAUGGCCGACUGGAUACAGACCAAGACCGAGUGGGACCGGGUGCUCGAGGCCUCGCCGGACGUGGCAGCCAAGCCGGCGACGUUUGUGCGGGUGGUGGCCGAGAUCGAGAUGGACAAGGACAAGCCCGCACCCCAGACGGAACAUGAAGCCGUCAAGCUGAUCCGCAAGAAGAUCAUCGACGAGGCCGAGGCCAACCUCAACAACCUGUACCCGACCGAGUUCAAGAAGUACCUGGCCAAGGACGGCAGCCACGUCACGCUGCCGAUCCGCGACGAGAUCUGGGACUGGGGGGCGCCCGAGAUCCGCGGACGGGCGAGGCAGUACUUUUCGCUCAGGCGGUGGCCGGUUCACCUGCAGACGGCGGCGGACCAGGAGGUGAUGACAAGGGACCGCGACCUUGACCCCGAGGCGCUGUGGGACCCUUGCGCCGAGGACCUGACUGGACCCGAGUGGCUGCUUCAAAAGGCGACGCCGUACCAGUUUGAAACCGUCAAGGUCAAAGAGGGGAGCAAUGGGUAUUGGUUUGGAGAUACCAAGUUGCAGAAGGAGUACAUUGAAGCGGCCGUGACCAAUAGGUUUGCCGAGGCGGUACUUGGUCCUCAGCAGCCCAAGAAGAGUAUCCUUUCUCGACUCUCUGGGUUUUUCCCGUCAGCUUCAAGGCCCUCGACACCAGUGGUCGAGCCACCCAUUCCCGAGGAUUACAUUGUUCCAAUGCAGAUAGACAAUCAGUAG